GUGAAUAUAGCAUAAGAAAUAUCUUAGAAAUUCUUGGCAAACCAAAAUCUACUAUCCAUGAUGUAAUUACGAAAUACAAUAAAGAAAACUGCACUGAUACUGCAUCUAGAAGUAGUAGACCUUUAGCUUUAUCAGAACAAAAUAAACGUCAACUAGGAAGAAUAGUCUAA